AUGGAUUAUUUAAAAAAUCCUAAUAAUAAUAAUAAUAAUAAUAACUACUCAAAUAAUAACAAUAUAAAUUUAUUUGGAUCAUUUGGUUUUAAAUCAUCACCAAUUCAAAAUAUUGAAAAUGUUGGUAAUAUAACACAAUAUAUUAAGGUUGGUAAAGAUGGAUCAACAUUGAUAUCAAAUCCAAAGGAUAUUGGUAAAUCGGAAUCUGCUAUUGGAUUGAUGGGACCACCAGGAUCUGGAAAGAGUUCAAUUUGUAAUACCUUGUGUUUUAUUCUCUACAAGAUCAUGGAGCCAUACUUUGUGGCACUUCGUUCACACGAAACUGUGACAUUGGGCGUGUACACGCUGUCACAAGUGGCAAGACUGAAAUCACCAGUGACCGUAAACAAGGAUGUGUUGGAUAUGGAGGGACAUGACAAUAGUCUUGAGCGAAGUUGGAAGAUGGCAAUGCUGCUAUCGGUCAUUUGUGAAGAGAUUGUACUUUGCAAUCGUGAUGCAAGAGCAACUGCAUUGAUUCAGGCCGUCUCUGUAUUUAAAAAGGGUAUGGAUCAAUCGAGUGCAUUGGGUAUGCGUCCAAUCACCAAACAAAUGUUUUUCAUGGUCAAGAGUAUGAGAGAUGCUCCUUCACUCUUGCAUAUGCUCGCACAGAUCCUCCCGAGUAUGGAAUUUAUCCCUUUUACAGUGCCAGAGUUUACCGAUGACGAGGUUGACCAGAUGACUACACCACUCGAGUUUCACCCCGCCAUGGUCAAGGCCAUCAAGGAAGGUGUUGUGGACAAGAUCAAGCCACGUCUCGACAAGCAAUCGUUAUCGUCAAAGGCAGACUCUAUCCAACAACUAUUGCACGCAUUCAACAUUGGUGACUACUCUCAGCUCGAUGCAAUCAACAAAAAGUUGUUUUUGGCCGAUUGCAAUAGAAUCUUGGACGAGGCAAUAGCCAAUGGUCACAUUGAUCACAUGGAUCGUGCCAAAAAGAUCACCGUUUCUGAAGGAAUGACAUUGGCACAAUUCCUAAAAGGUGUCAAUGGUGCUCUUUCAGUUGAUUUCAACAAGUCAACCUUUUACGUCAAGGGCAAGAGUGAAGGAUACAUCAAACAACAUUUCCCAUCACCAUCGAUUCCAACCAAAAUGAUAGAGUCGAUUUACACGGCUCAGUAUAAUCUCAAAAUGGCUAAACUCGCCGAAGCCAAAGCCAUCGCAGAACAAGCAGAUAGAAACAAAAAGAUGUUUCUAGAGGGUGUCCAAAUAAUCAAUAAAGCUGCCGAGCUCAAGCUUUCACUCUACAUUGACCAACUAAAGUUUGGUCAGUCUUUUGUCCCUUCAAAGGAAACGUUUAUCGAUCGAUCACCCAUCGCCCAUCUCAAAACAUGGGGCUUGCACUAUGAUUUUGGGCCAUUCCACCGAUACUAUGACUCUGUUGUACCGGGUAUCGCACAAAAGUGGAUCGACCAAACAAGUCGUGCCAAAUGGAAGGCACCCGUACAUGCUCACGGAGACAUGACCUGUCAAGGUGGCUGCAAGAUGAAUGAUUCUGUCUUUUGUUAUAAAAGUACUUGUCGUGGUAGAUUGUAUUGGGUCGAUGGUCCAUCGUCUACUGCAAUCUGUCAAACAUGUGAAACAAAAGCUUCAUUUGUCGAUACAACUCUUUACUGUAUUGCUUGUGGUAAUCGUUGUAAUUGUACUACUCGUCCUAAUGGUUCUUAUAUUCCUUAA